UUAAGAGUUUGCACUUUGCCAACAUGAAAAUCAAUAAGUUCCAGAGUAUUAGACAAGACUCCCGGUGGGGUGUAGGGGAGCACUAGGUCCACGUUACUUUUUCUUUGUGCACUCUCAGCGGCAUAUACCAUAUGGGAGGCCCCGUGAAAGUUAUCAACAUACCUACUGUCCAAAAAAAGCAGCGAUACUGAGUUAGAAACUCCAACUCCAUUCCUUCAAUACAGUUGGUUGCUGUCCUGUUUACAGCUAUAAAACAAGAUGGGGUCAUUAUUCCGUAGUGAAGAGAUGACCUUGUGCCAACUCUUUCUGCAGAGUGAAGCCGCCUACGCUUGUGUCUCAGAAUUAGGCGAGUUGGGUUUAGUGCAAUUCAGAGAUCUCAAUCCUGAUGUGAAUGUCUUUCAACGCAAAUUUGUCAAUGAAGUGCGGCGCUGUGAUGAAAUGGAGCGUAAAUUGCGGUACUUGGAGAAGGAAAUCAAAAAAGAUGGCAUUCCAAUGUUGGAUACGGGCGAAAGUCCGGAAGCACCACAACCGCGAGAAAUGAUUGACUUGGAGGCCACUUUUGAAAAAUUGGAAAACGAGUUGCGCGAAGUAAAUCAAAAUGCGGAGGCAUUGAAACGCAAUUUUUUGGAAUUGACCGAGUUGAAACAUAUUUUGCGUAAAACGCAAGUCUUCUUCGAUGAGACGGUGUCUACAGUUUCUUACAAUACUUCCUCCUACACUACUACCUUUAAAUCACGCUGGCGUUACGGGAGACAGAUGGCCGAUAAUCAAAACGAGGAUGAGCAGGCGCAAUUGCUGGGUGAAGAGGGCGUACGCGCCAGUCAGCCGGGACAAAAUUUGAAGCUCGGUUUUGUUGCUGGUGUAAUUUUGCGUGAGAGGCUGGCCGCAUUUGAGCGAAUGUUGUGGCGCGCAUGUCGUGGUAAUGUUUUUCUGCGUCAAGCCAUGAUUGAAUCACCACUGGAAGAUCCGUCGAAUGGGGACCAAGUGUACAAAUCUGUAUUUAUCAUCUUCUUCCAAGGUGAUCAAUUGAAGACACGUGUCAAAAAAAUUUGUGAGGGCUUCCGUGCAACCCUAUAUCCAUGCCCAGAGGCACCAGCCGAUCGGCGUGAAAUGGCAAUGGGUGUUAUGACACGCAUUGAAGAUUUGAAUACCGUGCUCGGUCAGACGCAAGAUCAUCGUCAUCGCGUCCUAGUCGCUGCCGCCAAGAACUUGAAGAACUGGUUUGUCAAAGUGCGCAAAAUAAAGGCUAUUUAUCAUACAUUGAAUCUCUUCAAUUUGGAUGUGACACAAAAGUGUCUAAUCGCCGAAUGCUGGGUACCGGUGCUGGACAUCGAGACUAUACAAUUGGCAUUGCGACGCGGCACCGAACGCUCGGGUUCUUCAGUGCCGCCAAUUUUAAAUCGUAUGCAAACAUUUGAAAAUCCACCGACCUACAAUCGCACCAACAAAUUUACCAAAGCUUUUCAAGCACUAAUUGAUGCAUAUGGAGUCGCUUCAUAUCGUGAAAUGAAUCCAGCACCGUAUACGAUAAUAACAUUUCCCUUUCUGUUUGCUGUGAUGUUUGGUGAUCUCGGACACGGUUCCAUUAUGGCACUAUUUGGUUUAUGGAUGAUACGCAAGGAGAAAGGUUUGGCAGCACAGAAGACUACAAAUGAAAUUUGGAACAUCUUUUUUGGAGGGCGUUACAUAAUAUUCCUAAUGGGUGUAUUCUCUAUGUACACUGGUCUAAUUUACAAUGAUGUAUUCUCGAAAAGUUUGAAUAUAUUUGGCUCUCAUUGGCAUGUCAACUAUAAUAAGACAACGGUGUUAAACAAUAAGCAUUUACAAUUGAAUCCAAGUACUAUUGACUAUGAAGGAGACCCCUAUCCGAUCGGCAUGGAUCCCGUUUGGCAGGUGGCUACAGCCAAUAAGAUUAUCUUUCAGAAUUCGUACAAAAUGAAGAUCUCAAUUAUACUUGGUGUAGUUCAUAUGAUUUUCGGCGUCUCAUUGAGUUUGCACAACCACACCUACUUCAAGAACCGAAAUGCUUUGCUCUACGAAUUCAUACCACAAUUGGUCUUCUUGAUUAUGAUGUUUUUCUAUUUGGCACUUUUGAUGUUUAUCAAAUGGAAUAGAUACGCUGCGUCCAAUGCUCCUCCUUAUUCGGCUUAUUGCGCUCCUUCAAUUUUAAUUACCUUUAUCGACAUGGUGUUGGGCAACACUCCGAAAACUCCACUCCCAGGCUGCCAGCCUUACAUGUUUGGUGGCCAGUCGUUCUUCCAGAAAUUAUUUCGUUUCAUUGCUUUGUGUUGUAUACCAGUAAUGCUGCUCGGAAAACCGCUAAAGAUCAUUCAACAACGUCGACAGGCAAAUCGCCAAAACUUAACUGGUGCCACUAGCGAUGCUGAGGUGGGCAUGACCAACGGUACAGCUGGCGGCAUUGCUGGACAUGGCGGUGGCGGUGAUCACCACGAAGAGGAGGAGCUAUCGGAAAUUGCCAUACAUCAAGGCAUACACACCAUUGAAUUCGUAUUGGGCUCUGUUUCGCAUACCGCAUCGUAUUUGCGCUUGUGGGCACUCUCCUUAGCACACGCACAAUUGGCAGAAGUUUUGUGGAACAUGGUAUUGUCGAUUGGAUUGAAACAAGAGGGUUGGACCGGUGGUAUUAUGCUGACAAUCGUGUUUGCUUUCUGGGCCAUACUCACUGUUGGCAUUUUGGUUUUGAUGGAGGGUUUGUCAGCAUUCUUGCAUACUCUACGUCUGCAUUGGGUUGAAUUCCAAAGUAAAUUCUACAAAGGCCUAGGUUAUGCUUUUCAACCAUUCGCUUUCGAUCAGAUUAUUGAAAAUGGUGGUGCGGCCUCAAUUGAAGGUGCCGAGUAAACGAAUGCAAUUUGUUUGGCUGGGUCAAUUGCAGUAGUUUGUAACGAUGUUUGCGACACAUACACAGCACGUGAAAAAUGAAGAAUUUAUGCACACUUACAGUUAAAUUAAAGUAAAUAAUUAAAUAUAUAUAUUGAGAAUUUAUUGAAUUUAAUGUUAUUGUAUGUAAUUUAAAAUUUAGCAAAAUUACAUACAUACAUACGUACAUAUGUACGUACUCUAUUCAAAUACUAUAUACAUACAUAUAUACAUACUGAAUUUAAAUUGAAAGUAAGACUUCUGGAAUGCUUUGAAUGUGAAGGUUAACGCUCGCCUCCGAUAUUUCAAAUGAGAUUAAUCCAUUUUCUGCAUUAAAUACUUAACGUUUCAUAUAAUCUUAAGCAUUACACGAGUUUAUUCCAUAAAAUAUCAAGUUAACUCUUAGCAACAAACUUUACUUCAUUAAAAUAGAAUUGAAAUAGUUGGCCAUUUGCAAAUAAUCAAUGUAUUUUUUUAACUACCUGUUUUUUAUACUUUCAUUAGCGCAGUUUAAAAAUCUACCAAAUGCUGUUAAACUUCAUUUUCCUAACAAUUCCUAAAUAAUGCAUUAUGUGAGCAUCUAAUUAUGUUAGGGUAAAUUCAAAUAAACAAAAACUGUCUGGAAGUUCAGUAUGUCGCAGUAGGAAUCUCGUCUAAUAUUGCUGCUAGAAAUCAUAUAAUCCUUUAUGUAAAAUGUUAAUGAGUCAAUGUUUAUGAGUAACUGAACUACUUGCUUUUUUGAAUAUCUUAUGCUUAACUGAAUAUAAUCAAAUAAUAUAAAUUGUAGUGAAAGUUAAAAACAAUAAUAAAUAUAUUGGAAAAAAUAGCCCAAAGGCGAAAAGCAA